AUACAACGCCGUCCGAACUGGUACCUUCCCCGGACAUCACUGGAGCCUCACCUCACCUCACCUCACUCCCCGUCAUGCACACCCACCCGCCACCGCCUUCACCACCAUGUCAUACCAAUCCUGCACGACAAGACAUAUGUUUUAAAUACAACCUACCGGCCUCCCGCGUCCGUAGUGCUUUCGGCAUCCGCAAAGUGAUUGAUUGAUCCCUCCCUCCCUCCCUCAACGCAACCAUGGCCCCCGCGUCGUCUCGGCGGCAGCAGCAGCAGCCCGUCGCCCUCGUCGUCGGCGCCUCCCGCGGCAUCGGCCGCCAGGUCGCCAUUGACCUCGCAAAGAAUGGCUACGCAGUCGUCGUCGCCGCCAAAACCGUCAGCGACCCCUCCAAGCUCAACGACGACCCCUUUCCUCCGAACCCCAACUCGCCCGCCUCCACCAUCACUACCGUGGCCCGCGAAAUCACCGCAGCCGGCGGCGUCGCGACCGCCAUCCCCGUCGACGUGCGCUCCGAGCAGAGCGUCAACGACCUCGUCGCCCGCACCGUCGAGGCCCACGGCCGCCUCGACGCCCUCGUCUACAACUCGGGCGCCAUCUUCUGGGCGUCCGUCGCCGACACGCCCCUCAAGCGCUUCCAGCUCAUGCAGCGCGUCAACCCCGAGGGCCUCUACGCCGUCGUUCAGGCCGCCCUCCCUCACCUGCGCCGCGCCCCGGUGCCCUCUUCCCUUCCCGGCGGUGAUGGUGCCGCGGGCGGCGUCGUCGGCGGCGGUCGCAUCGUCGUCGUCAGCCCGCCCAUCUACAGCCGCUUCUUCCGUGGCAAGACGGCCUACGCCAUGGGCAAGGUCGGCAUGAGCGUCCUGACAAAGGGCCUCGCCAUGGACCUGCUGCGCGAGGGCGAGCGCUCCAGCGGCAUGGCCAUUACCAGCAUCUGGCCCGCCGUCGCCAUCGAGUCCGCUGCCACGGCGCAGUUCACAAAGGCCGACCCCAGCGAGGCCAAAGACCUGCGCCGCGCCACCAUCUUCUCCGACGCCAUCCUCGCCAUCCUCCGCGCCCCGCCCUCCGUCGUCAACGGCGAGCUGCUCCUCGACGAGGACUUUCUCCGCGACCACGCUGGCGUCUCCGACUUCGCAAAGUACAGCGUCGUCUCCGGCUCCAACCCCCGCCGCAUCAUGCCCGCCAAGCUACCCGACCUGACCGUCGCCGAGCAGGACGACGAGGGCAAGCGCCACGACAGCACCAAGAAGUCGCGGCUGUAGCAUACCGGGGCUACAGUACCUACCACUCACCAGACUAAACCCAUUCAUCUGUUGGUUCGCCUUGUAUAAUGCGUAUGCAAAAGCAACCUAAUGAAAUAUAUGUACCGACUCUGGCUCUGGCUUCG